GAAGAUUUAUGCCACAUAGAUCCAAGUAAACUUUUAUUGGAGAGUAUUGGACGUGGCUUCUUCUACAAUUAUUCCUGUGAAGGAUUCAAUUCUGCAGGCUGGGGUCCGCGCAGUGAAGACAAGGAACUUAUGGUACAUUACGAACCGGGACCUUCAACACUAACUCAUUUUCCGUUAGUCGCUGUGAAAAAAAAGAGCGUGACUUUCUCGUGCUCGGUUGAUGAUCCCGGAUAUCCAGACACAAAUAGAUAUCGUUGGCUGCGUGGCGGUCGGGGUCCUCUGCAGGACAUUGUGACGAAGGACUGGACGGUGGAGCCGGUUGGUCUAGAUAGUCGGACGAAUUAUUCUUGCUUCGCAUACAAUGAAGGCGGCAGAGGAGUUAUGGCUACAGUAAGCUUGGAGGUACACGCACCGCCAUUUUUCAUCAAAAACCUACCACCUUAUACGGGAGUAUUGCACUCCUCGCCCAAUGCAACUUUGACCUGUCGAAUUGAGUGUGUCCCGCGCUGUGAGAUAUCUUGGCAGAAGGACGGUGAGCCAAUAGAGAAAAACGAUACCCGUUAUUUCGUUAAGGAAAAAUACAUGGAGGCAUCCCCCGCCACAGGUGAUUUUGAAAGCAUGCUAUCAGUUUUGCACUUCAAUAUGCCAAAUUGGCCUCUUGCCAAAUUUGAUAUCGAGGCUGAUAAUGCGAACUAUUCGUGCGUGUCAACAGGCAAUACAGUAGGUGCUAGCAUCAGGAGUCGCACUUAUUUUGGCAUUGAAUACGCUCCUGAAAAUAUUACGGUUUCGGAGAACAUUGUGUUUGUCCAAGAAGAUACCAUACCAGGACGUGUAAUAUGUAAAUCCCGAGCUAACCCAGAACCUUCUUAUAAGUGGUUUUUCAAAAAUGAAACAAUUGCCAAUGGAAAUGCAUUAAUUAUUAAUAAGGCAAUGGAAAGAAAAGAUAAUGGCACUUAUACCUGCCUUGCCUAUAACAAGCAUGGCACCAGUAUUGCUGAAACUGUAAUCGAAGUGCAAUUUAAACCACGCUGCGAAAUUGAGAGAAGAGAAAUUGAUGAUCAGGACACGCUUAUUUGCACUGCCUUUGGAAAUCCCGUAGAGAGUGAUUUCUCUUGGUCAAUAAAAGCUGACAAUGAAACGGUUGAAGUUUUGGAUAGCGGUGACAAAAAAUCAUUUUUGGAAAAGAGUUUUUACGUUCUGCAAGCGGACUAUGCCAUUUCCAGAACUUAUAGAUGUGUGGCGAAUAAUACAAUUGGUUCUGGAACAUUUUGUGAAAUUGAAGUAGCUGCUGCUUCAUCGCUUUUAAUAUGGUGGCAAGUACGACCAAAAAAGCAACUGGCAUGGUGGCAGCUCUGGGAGAAGAAUACACUUAUCAUAUUAGUUGCUGCUAUUAUGGGAUUAUUACUGACCGUGAUUAUUAUAUGUUGCAUAAUUAUAUGCAUUUGCCGUCGUCGUCGUCGCCAAGAUAAAUAUCUUACGGAAGUUUCUAUAGGUUCUAAAAGUGUAUUGUCUGAUCAGGCAGAAAUUACACAAUCGGGUGGGAGCCUACAAAAACAAGAUAAAUAUGCAGCUAUUUUAAGAAAUCCGUCUCCCACGCGCUUCAAUGCAAACCCGCCUAAAUCGCCACCGCGUUGGCCAAUUCGUCCUGGAGUGAUGCUUCACGUAAACAGCAACACAAAAGAAAAUCUGGCUGUGAACCGAAUGACAUUAAACAGGAAUCUGUGUAAUAGUGGUGGCCACAUGAGCGAGCUAUCGGCACAAUUAAGUGCUGUCUUAAGAGAAAGCCACGCUAGAUCCGAUAGUACCAUCCUCACCGACGAGUCUGUCGUUUUCGAGAAAAACGCAGCAUCACAGUUAUCUACAGUUGAAACAGCUCAAUUAAAGAUUGUAAAAGAGAACAAGUCUGGAGCAGAACUAGAACCAUUGGAUGUCUUGCCUGCCACAACAUCAUGUUCUGGACAAAACAAAUUGGGUCAUAUUUUAUCACUGCUUUUUAAAAAGAAUGCGAAUGAUUGCACUCGAGAUAGUCAGCGGAGUCAUGUUGGUUUAUUACAGACCUUUUGGCGUGGGCUGGCUUCUAAUGAAAGCACCCCGCAGUUUGGAACUCAGCAUCGUCUUAAAGGAAUUCGUUGCAGUGGAAGUGUGACCUACAAAAAGGCCAAAGAGACGAUCCACGGCAGGACAAACGCAACAAUUGGAGAACCUUCUUUAACUAACAAGCCCAGUAUUUGCCAAUCACAUACCUCAUUGACACAUCAAGUGCCUUCAUUAGACAAGGACGCAGCUAAAAUAGUUACGGAAGACACAAAUUUUCCAAGAAAAUAG